AUGAAAAAAAAGGAGGAAGAAGAGCUUUUCACGAGAAGAAGUCAUAAAAAAUUGCUCGCUAUGAAAGAAACAACCGUUAAAACUCUCCGACAUGGAAGCAGAGAAAAGGAGAAGUUUUUUUUGUUCAUGUCGUUGAGAAUUGUUGAGAAAGUUCUUCAUUCUGAGUUUGAAUUGAAUUACUCGAGAAUUUUCUCAUUGCCGCAUGACACAAAAGAAUUAAAGCCUCAAUUUCCAUAUUACUUCAUGAAAGAAGAAAAUGUAAUGGUGACGUUAAUAAAUGAAGAUAUAGCUUAA